CGAUGCCCGACAUCUGGCUGGAGAAGUACAGGCCCACCGUCUUCGAGGACGUCGUCGGCAACGCCGGCGCGGUGGGCGUGCUCCGCUCGCACGCUGCCGGAGGAGCACGUUCCCGCACCUGCUGCUGAGCGGGCCGCCGGGCUGCGGCAAGACCACCGUGGUUCAUUGCCUGGCGCGCGAGCACCUGGGCAGCGACUACGACGUGGGCUGCAUCGAGCUGAAUGCGUCCGACGACAGAGGCAUCGACGUCGUUCGUGAGAAGAUCAAGGGGUUCGCGCAGCAGAAGGUCACGCUGCCGGAGGGCAAGCUCAAGAUCAUCAUUCUCGACGAGGCGGACAGCAUGACCACGGCCGCGCAGCAGGCCAUGAGGAGGACCAUGGAGAUGUUCAGCGCCACGACCCGCUUCGCCCUGGCCUGCAACAUCUCCUCGAAGAUCAUCGAGCCCAUCCAGUCGCGGUGCGCCAUACUGCCUUCGGUCGCAUCGACGACGCGGAGCUCAAGGCGCGCCUGA